AUGUCUCCCAGCUCAGAUCCUGUUACUGUGACGACAAGCAAAGCCAAAGUGGAGGUACAUGAAAACACAAAUGCUGUUCUCUCCUGUGAGUUCAGGACAGAGAAAGAAACAAACCCGCGUGUUGAAUGGAAGAAGAGAGGCAAAGAUGUUUCGUAUGUUUAUUUUGAUGGGGAUUUUACAGGUUCAUUUAAGGGCCGUGCAUCCAUCGAUGGGGCAACACUGACCCUUCGUGGUGUGACACAGAAAGACUCAGGAGUGUAUCAUUGUGAAGUCACAGCCCGUCAGGACAAAAUCAAGCUGGGGGAGGUCACUGUCACCCUCAAUGUGCUUGUGCCGCCACAUGCGCCGUCUUGUGAGGUUCCAGAAACAGUCAUGAGAGGAUUUUCUGCGGAGCUCCGCUGUAAAGACAAACUGAGUGUUCCUGCUGCCACCUACAGCUGGUACAAAGACAACAAACCACUUCACACUGCCAAUCUCCCUGAAAUCACCUACACCCUGGACUCCAAAACAGGGACUCUG